CACUUACUGGGCGGAGUCGCCGGUUUUCACUUCCUUGAUGCCCACAGCUAACAGAGCUGCACAAUGAAAAUACUUACUUUAUUCAGCUUAUUUGCCACCUAUUCAUCAGCAAACAGCAUCAACAUCGAGGAUAACGCAGGGCAGUUUUUUAGCAGUGGUCAUACAAACAACUGGGCUGUUCUGGUGUGUACAUCCAGAUUUUGGUUCAACUACCGUCAUGUGGCAAAUACUUUAUCCGUCUACAGAAGUGUUAAGAGGCUGGGCAUUCCUGACAGCCACAUAGUUCUCAUGCUGGCUGAUGACAUGGCUUGUAACCACAGAAACCCAAAGCCUGCCACAGUGUUCAGCCACAAGAACAUGGAGCUGAACGUGUACGGGGACGACGUGGAGGUGGACUACAGAGGAUAUGAGGUGACGGUGGAGAACUUCCUGCGUGUUUUGACUGGCAGGCUGCCGCCCAGCACGCCUCGCUCCAAACGCCUCCUCUCCGAUGACAGGAGCAACAUCCUCAUAUAUCUGACAGGCCAUGGCGGAAACGGCUUUCUGAAGUUCCAGGACUCUGAGGAGAUAAGUAAUGUGGAGCUGGCUGACGCUUUUGAGCAGAUGUGGCAGAAGAGAAGGUACAAUGAGCUGCUGUUCAUCAUUGACACCUGUCAGGGCGCCUCCAUGUACGAGCGGUUUUACUCCCCGAACCUCAUGGCUCUGGCCAGCAGUCAGGUGGGAGAGGACUCUCUGUCGCAUCAGCCAGAUUUGGCCAUAGGAGUCCAUCUGAUGGACCGCUACACCUUCUACCUGCUGGAGUUCCUGGAAGACAUCCACCCUGCAAGCAAAUCCAACAUGAACGACCUAUUCAAAGUGUGUCCCAAGAGUCAGUGUGUGUCCACUCCGGGCCACCGUACUGACCUUUUCCUGAGGGACCCGGGAAGUGCCCUCAUCACAGACUUCUUUGGCAGCGUGCGCAAAGUCGAGAUCACCAUGGAAACCAUCAACUUGACGGAGCCAAUCCAGCAGGUGGAGCUGACUCCUGUCAAUGAAGAGCUGCAGAAAGAGAAGUACUCCUAUGCCGACCAGCUGCCAGUGUCUGAGAUCAUCCAUCAGAAACCAAAGCAGAGAGACUGGCAUCCCCCUGACGGCUUCAUCCUGGGCCUGUGGACUCUAAUCCUCCUGGUGUUUUUUAAGACGUACGGCAUGAAGCACCUCAAACACAUCUUCUGAAGCCUCUGUGUUUACCCCGCUGGAUAUCUGGAGGACAGGAAGCUGCAGAUAUGGAGCUUUGUCUGAAGGGAUAUUAGAGGGAAAGGUGCAGGGUGUGUAAAUAGAGAGAGAUGUAUAGCACCACAAAUGCUUCUCCAGGAACUGUGUUGCCUUUUUCUGUUUUAUUUUGGGGGAUUUCGCUCUGUUGGUGAAAUGUUGACACAAGGGAUGAGGGACACUUGAAAGUCAUGCAUUGGAUUUGCAAUUCCUCAUCUCUGCAGGGGGAAUACUACUGCCAUUUGUUUGUGUUUUUUGGACUUGUGUUUAUUUAUUUUGGUUUGGAAAGUCUGUGUCGUCGAGCCAUUCCAUAGUUAUUUGGUUAAAAAAAAAUGCACUGAAUUAAGUCUGCAGAUAAUUUAAUCGAUUUCUGAAAGCAUGCUGCAUAUUUCAGCGGCGGUGGCGGCAGCCUUUAUUGUUUAAGUGCUACUCGGAGUGUCUGCUCGGUCAGGAGAAGGAAAGUGUGUGAUGAGGGCAGGCUGAUUGGCUGUGAGUGGGCUGUGAAGAGAUUACUAUUUAAUGUCUCUCUUGUCUAUAUACAUUACACCCCUUGACUGUCAUAUCACGUUUGUGAAGGAUAACAAUUGCACGUAAUCCCAUCUCGCACGAUGGACCCAUCCACUUUCCCAUUCACCAAAUUGCCCUCCCUGUGGAAACAUCCAUUAGCUCCCCGGCCGGGCACUCUGCUGAUUGUAUUCUGGAUGAUGGACGGCAAUUUCUCUGGCCAUUCCACGGCGGUGAUAAGUGAGUGAUAACCUAGUAAGCUGCCGGCCGUCCCAGAUGAAUCUCCUCGGUGCUGCUUACCUCCCGUUUCCCUCUCUCGCUGCAUGUGUAACUACUCUGCAUUAGGCUCAUUGUUGGAGGGAGUGACUGAUGCUCAAAGCAUAUGGAUUGAACCCGCGGUAGUUUGUCUCUGCUCCUCGGUGCGAGGAUCCGCCCAUCCAGUGCCCACUGCAACUCUGAAGCAGGAAGGAGAUGGAAUUGGAAAUGAAACCAUAUGUAUCAGAGGGCAGCUGCUGCGUCAGCCACCGAAUACCUUUCCUUAUGCAUUAUUUAUGCAAUGCUUGUUCUUCCUCUCUGUUUAUAUUUUCCUGUAAUCUCAUUCUGCCUGCUCCCGUUUCCUGGAGCUCAUUUUGAUGCCCUGAUUAAAGAUGAAACACUAAGUUAAAUGAA